AUGGCGCUUCCCAGCACGCUGAACCGAUACUUGCUACUGUUGGCGCAGGAGCACCUGGAGUUCCGGCUGCCGGAAAUAAAGUCUUUACUUUCGCUUUUUGGAGGUCGAUUCAGCAACCAUCAGGAAAUUCAUGGAAAAUCUCCAUUUUGGAUUCUUAGCAUUCCCUCAGAAGAUAUUGCCAGGAAUUUAAUGAAACGGACAGUAUGUGCAAAGUCUAUAUUUGAAUUAUGGGGUCAUGGAAAAUCUCCAGAGGAACUAUACAAAUCUCUAAAAAGUUAUCCCAUGGAAAAGAUGGCUCCAUUUCUACAUUCAGAUACUACAUAUAAAAUAAAGAUUCACACAUUUAAUAAAACGUUAACACAAGAAGAAAAAAUCAAGCGAAUAGAUGCACUUGAAUUUCUGCCGUUUGAAGGAAAAGUGAAUUUAAAAACUCCACAGCAUAUAUUUUCUAUCUUGGAAGAUUAUGGCUUGGAUCCAAACCACAUCCCAGAGAAACCACUUAAUAUUUAUUUUGGUAGAUGGAUUGCUGAUGGACAGAGAGAGCUUAUUGAGUCAUACAGUGUUAAAAAGAGACAUUUUAUUGGGAACACAAGCAUGGAUGCUGGGCUAUCAUUCAUCAUGGCCAAUCAUGGGAAGGUGAAAGAAAAUGACAUUGUCUUUGAUCCAUUUGUUGGAACAGGUGGCCUCUUGAUACCCUCUGCUCAUUUUGGGGCCUAUGUAUGUGGAACAGACAUAGAUUACAAUACAGUUCAUGGAUUGGGAAAGGCUAGUAGGAAAAAUCAAAAAUGGAGAGGUCCAGAUGAAAAUAUUAAGGCAAAUCUUCGCCAGUAUGGCUUGGAGAAAUACUACCUUGAUGUCCUCGUUUCAGAUGCAUCUAAGCCUUCCUGGAGAAAGGGAUUGUUUUUUGAUGCAAUCAUCACUGAUCCUCCCUAUGGUAUCAGAGAAUCUACUAGAAAAACGGGUUCACAAAAAGAAAUGCCAAAAGGAAUAGAAAAAUGUCCAGAAAGCCACAUCCCUGUUUCCAUCAAUUAUCAUCUGAGCGACAUGUUUGUAGACCUUCUAAAUUUUGCUGCAGAAACUCUUGUACUUGGUGGAAGACUAGUCUAUUGGCUGCCAGUGUACUUACCAGAAUACACAGAGGAGAUAGUACCACGCCACCCCUGUCUGAAACUCAUUAGCAACUGUGAGCAGAGGCUUUCCAGUCAUACAGCAAGGCGUUUGGUAACAAUGGAAAAGGUGAAAGACUUUGAGGACCAGGAUCAGUAUUCUCACCUAUUAGAUAAUCAGUUUCUGCCUUACAAAGGUCUUAAUUCAUUUCGUGAAAAGUAUUUCAGUGGGGUAACAAAAAGAAUUGCCAAGGAAGAAAAAUCCAUCCAAGAGUGAAAAUUAAGUUUACAACAAAUGAACGAAAACUGAAGAUUUGGGGUUUGAGGAGAAAAGACAUCUGGAUGUUCAUGGAUGUUCCAGAGAACAUGUACUGUUUAAAACUUUUUAAAAUAGAGAAACAAAAUAAAUACAAGGUAAAUUGAGCAAUUCUUUU